GAGCUACCACAAACUACUCCACGAAACAGGCGCUCUUAUUUAACGAUCGACAUCACACACUGAAGUUCCUGAGAUCCUGUCCUUGCUAAUUAACCCAACAUCUUUAACGACAUCACAUAGAGCAUCACCGGCUUGCAGAAGGGCCGGGCAGCAGUAUGGCGAAGCUGCACCGGCUUGUCACGGCCGUGCUCAGGCUCGCGGCUGCGGCGGCAGCGGGUGCGGCAGCGAUAAUCAUGGUGACCAGCCAUGAGACCACCUACCUGUUCGGCUUGGAGCUGGAGGCCAAGUACUCUCACACCCCAGCAUUUAUCUUCUUCGUGGCGGCAUACGGCGUGGCGUGCGCCUACAGCCUGCUGGUGCUCCCCGUGCGGCCGGGGAGCGCCGGCGCGAGACUGGUGGUCAUGGCCGAUGUGAUAAUGGGGAUGGUGCUGACGGGGGCCGUGGCGGCGACGGGGGCGAUAGCGGAAGUGGGGAGGAACGGCAACUCGCACGCCGGGUGGCUGCCCAUCUGCGGGCAGGUGCAGGACUACUGCAGCCACGUCAUGGGGGCACUCAUCGCCGGUUUCGUCGCGCUCGUCGUCUACUUCCUCGUCAUCAUGUACUCCCUCCACGUCAUCGCCGAUCCCAUGUGCCCGUGCCAUUGAUCGAUCAGCAAUGUCCCAUCUCCCACUCUAUUCUAGUGGUGGUAUAUAUAGUUGGUUCGUUCAUGCCAGAUGAAUCUUCUAUAUCUAAAUAAAAACAACCCACUACUUGAUUUCUCUAAACAUACAAGCAUGUCACGUCAUCACAUAAUUAAUUUGUUCACACCUAUUUAUAUUUAGUAAAAAACUAAUACUUUUGCACAUGCAUGUAUGUUAUUUCCAUCGAGCUAUUCCCACUAAGCGAGAAAUGUAUAAUUUUAUUAUAUGUUUUCAAUUUUGAAUA